AGUUCAAAGGUAACAAAUGUAUAUGAGAAAAGCUUUGCAUUUGGUUGAGAGCGCAGGCAGCAGCUGCUAAAGGAACAACCCUCAAUGCAGCUGCUGGGAUUUGCUACCUGGGCACACACACACACACAGGCAGACGGACAUGCAUGUGCAUGCACGCGCUAAACUCUACACUCUGACGCACUUGGUUGGUCGCUCUCCCAGGCGCUGCUGCUGCUUUUGGCAUAAAUAGCAGAGCGCGCGCCAACUGCAAUUCAUUUUGUCCUGUAGCCUUGAGCUGUUUACACGUUUCUUUUUUCCAAUACCAAGUGCAGUGAAAAGCAAAGUUAAUAGUGGUUACAGUUAUAGUUGUGGGUGCUUUUGCACCGACAAAAAAAAAAAACCAACAUGUUGCACUCAUUUAAACAUCCCAACAUUCAUAUCGUCAUCGAAUACCAGCAUAAAGUUUGUUUCAUUGAAACUUCACCGUUUAGCAAUUAUGAAAUGAUUAUGGAGCUGGCUGCAAACUAUUUUCGCAUUCCGCCGCGUCAGCGCAUUGGGCUAACGCUGUCGAAUGGCCAAGGGCAUAUGCUGCUCGACUAUCAGCUGGAUGGGUUUCUCAUACUCUUUCCACGCCCCGAUGCAGUGUUCCAUAUGCGUCUGGAUUGGCAAAAGCUGCGCCGUGCGCUGCAUCAGCCGCUGCACGAAUCUCGUCCGGGCACGCCCAUACCGCGCGCACGCUCCAGAUCUGUGGACCAUUCGGGCGAGGAUUCGGAGAACGAUGCAGAUGCCACGCCCGUUUUUAGGCAAAACUGUUUCAUUGGCGAGCUGCCGUUGCGUGCGGCGGCGGCGCCGCUGCAGCGUUCACGUUCACGCUUGCGCCAACGCUCGCGCACGCAGCCAGUGCGCAUGUUGUCCAGCUCCGAAGACGACGACGAGUCGUCAUCGUCGUCGUCGUCGUCGUCGUCGUCCACUUUGACGCCCACGCCGCGCCGACGCAACAACAAGCGUCCGCCUGAGCGCAAGUCGCCCAGCCCCAAGCCGAAUCGCUCGCUGCGGCUUUAAGCGGCAGCAGCUACACUAAACUACACAACACUACACUACACAACACUGCUCUCUAAGCUGUAUUGCCAUCUCGCUCUGUCUCAUGUGCGCUUACCGUGCAGUCGUAUUUCUGGGCGCCAUGUCGCCAAUUUUGAGCUGCACGCGCUGCAGAUGAUCCCGCUGCCUGGACCAGCCCAACGUAUUGCAAUUGGUCCACAUUUGCUC